ACGCAAGUGCGCCUGCGCGAGACCCUUGCCUCGCGUAGUGAAGGCAAGAUGGGCCACUGGGAGCUGUAGUCUGUUGACUCUGAGCGCGCCUCACUAGGGUCUCGCUGCGUGGGACACUCGGAGUGAGUUUAAGGCUCAACCCUCGUUGGAAUCCCGGGAGCCGGGCUGAAAUUGGACCUGAAGGACCUUGUCCAUUCCCGAGGCACCACGUGAGAAAACUGAAGUCCUGGUGAGAGCAGGGAAGAGGCGGCCCGAGAGUCUCAGGGCGGACAGCCUGUGGUGGUGGCACAGGAAGGCCCGUGAUGGAUCUCAUAAGACUUUCCCGGCUCUUUGCUGGCCUCCACCCCAUAGGACUGUCUGUCCUUCAUGGAUCCACCAGAUGGAUAGGACGCAGGGAGGGAUUGGCGUGGCUGAGGGAGGCGUGGCCAAGUUGGCAGGCGUCAGUGGCCUUGGGCAGUUCUUUCUCCUACCUGCCCGUGGGCCAGAAGAAAAUGAGCACCGUCUGCUCCGAUUCCAGUCAGCCCGGCACUGUGACCCCUCAGGAAGAUGAGGAAGAAGAGAGCUUUGGGACCCUCUCUGACAAGUACUCUUCCCGGAGACUCUUCCACAAGUCAACACCCCAGCUGUACAACUUGAAGGUCAAGGAGCAAGCUGAUGAGGAGGAAGAGUUGGAGCCCAAAGUGUGGCAGGGCAGGAGGAACACGCCAUACUGGUACUUCUUUCAGUGCAAACGACUGAUCAAGGAAAGGAAGCUGGCUGAGGCCCUGGAUCUGUUUGAGAGGCAGAUGCUGAAGGAAGAGCGCUUGCAGCCUCUGGAGUGCAACUACACGGUGCUGAUCGGGGGCUGCGGGCGCGCGGGCUACCUGAAGAAGGCCUUCCGGCUCUUCAAUGAUAUGAAGAAGAGAGACCUGGAUCCCUCGGAUGCCACAUACACAGCUCUGUUCAACGUCUGUGCAGAGUCUCCCUGGAAGGACUCAGCCCUGCAGAGUGCGCUGAAGCUCCGACAGCAGCUCCAGGCCAAAAACUUCCAGCUCAACCUGAAAACAUACCACGCCCUGCUGAAGGUGGCUGCCAAGUGUGCGGACCUCAGGAUGUGCCUUGAUGUCUUCAAGGAAAUCAUCCACAAGGGGCAUGCAGUCACAGAGGAGACCUUCUGCUUCCUGCUCAUGGGCUGUAUCCAGGACAAGAAGGCAGGGUUCCGGCAAGCCAUGCAGGUGUGGCGGCAGAUGCUGAGCCUGGGCAUCAAACCAAGUAUUCAUGGCUACAACCUCCUGUUGGGGGCAGCUCGAGACUGUGGUCUGGGGGACCCAGAGGUUGCCUCCAGGCUGCUCCUGAGGCCCCAGGAAGAAACCGUCCUCCUCCAGCCCCCAGCAGGCAGGUAUCAGACAGGAAGGAAAGUCCAGGCCAAGGCAGGCCUGAGUGUGUCACUUGGGCAUGUGGAGGCACUGGAGAGGCAGCUGCUUCUAGAACCUUCUCAGAAACCUGCGGGACCUCCAGCCUUCCCUGAGGCUGCAGUAACAAGCAGGACCCAAUCUGAGGUAGAAACCAAGGCAGAACCUGGCCGCAUAGCUGUCCUCACCCCACUGGCCCUGAGGCCUCCCCACUUGGAACUGGAAGUCAAUCUCCUAAGUCUUGGGACUCUGCCCCCCACUGUAGUCUGCUUUGGGACAGUGGCCACCCCUGCUGACAGGCUGGCCUUGAUGGGGGGCCUGGAGGGCUUCUUGGGCAAGCUGACAGAGCAUGGGCUCCAGCCAGACAUCAAAACCCUGACUCUGCUGGCUGAGCUGGUGGAGCCUGGGAGCCCCACAGAGUCCUCGCUGCUGUCCAUCCUGGACAGGCAUGAGGUGGAGGCCGACGUGACCUUCUUCAACACGCUGAUAAGGAAGAAGAGCAAACUGGGAGACCUGGAGGGAGCGAAGGCGCUGUUGCCGAUCCUGGCAAAGAGGGGUAUUGUCCCCAAUCUGCGGACUUUCUGCAACCUGGCCAUUGGGUGCCACAAGCCCAAGGAUGGUAUGCAGCUACUUUCAGACAUGAAGAAAUCCCAGAUGGCCCCCAAUAUCCACAUUUACAGCACCCUCAUCAACGCGGCCCUCAAGAAGCUGGACUACACCUAUCUCAUCGAUAUCCUCAAGGACAUGCGGCAGAGCAGAGUCCCAGUAAACGAGGUGGUCAUCCGCCAGCUGGAGUUUGCUGCUGAGUACCCUCCCACCUUUGACCGGUACAAAGGGAAAAACACCUACUUGGAGAAGAUCGAUGGUUUUCGAGCUUAUUAUAAACACUGGCUAAAAGUGAUGCCAGCAGAGGAAGCCCAUCACCCCUGGCAGGAGUUCCAGACCAAGUCUAAGAGGGACCAAGACACCACUGGGGAUGCUCGUGUCUGUGGAGACCUUAGGGACAUGUGAU